AUGACAAGAGGCAAUUGUGCAACAAGAUUUUGGUCAUCACAAUACAUGGAAUUCAACACCAUCAUUAAGAGCUACAAAGCUUAUACAACUGCCUUCAGAAGCUAUGGCUACAGUGAAAUGAAAGAAUAUGACAUUCUCGGCACGGACUUUGUGUUAGACCUAUGUUGCAUAUGUGAUUCAAUGAAAAGUGUUGUUGACUUGAUGAUUGCUGUCCAAGGACUGGGCUGCCCUUGUUGGAAAAUAUGCAUAUGGUGGCCCCGUGUAAAAGCAUUUUUAGAAAGUCUACUUGAGGAAGUUAUAAUUGACCCUUCUGAGUCGAUGCCCAUCUUGAAGAACCACGUUGAUGAAAUAAUGAAGGGAAGUUUCAAGGGCCAGAAGCUGGUGCAAGGAUGGAAACUGGUGUCUCAAGAUGAAACCAAUUGCUAUUGGGAAGCAAGAGACAUUGAGGAUUGUCAAAGCAAUUUCGAAGUAUUUGUCAAAGAUACAGUAGAGUCAAUGAGCAGAAGAUACGACAUAUGCGUGCCAAUCAUGUGCGAAAUGUUGACGUGUCUUGAUUUAGAGUCCAUCAUCACUUUGCUAUGUGGUAAAAGGCGAGAUGGCAAGCCAUGCAUAAAUGAGGGAGAUCUUGAAGAAUAUGGGACGGAAGGCUUCAAGGCAUUUAUAAGUCAUAUAUGCAGCAUUACGCAUGUUAAAUUGGCCAUUGAGGAUGGUGCCAUUGAUCUUGACCCUCAGCUAAGUCACAUUGUGCACCGAAAAUUGAAGCAAGCACUCAAAGAUAUUUUGUGGCAGGGUAGAGAAACCAUGAUCAAUGGUUUGAUUACGUCCCGUCUGAGAUCAGUGGGAAAAUUAAACCUCUUUCUUCUGUUAUUUCUAAAGAUAGUGGUAACCUAUCUUCCAUGGAGAAAGUAUUGGAAGACCACUCGUCCCAGUCGUUUGUCACCACUAGAUUUCAUAUGCGAUUCACGAAAGGUGAGAAGAUAUACACAGUCCAGUUGAACGAGCCCGCGGUUUAUUUGUCGUUGUAUACAGAUGAAUGUGUGUAUUCCAAACUUGGCAAAGAAAUAUGUUUGGUCAUCGAUAUUGCACUUGCAAAAGGUGGACCUGAAGCAAUCGUCGAGUCAUUCUACUCCCUGAUGAAGUGCCACAAGAAAGCUGGUGGUCAAAAUAAUGAAAACCUUUCCUUACGAACAAAGUUAGACUGGAGCUUGCCCGGACCGUUGCAAGCUGAUCGCAUGGUUAAGGAAGUUGCCCCACUUUAUCUUGACGGAAACAAGAAGAAAGGCCUAAAACCUCAUUGGUUACCUGUUAUCGGGGACAAAUGUAACUAUAAGACAAGCAAAGUUAUUGACAGAAUUGAAAAUGCUGAUACUAAGUUGCCAUAUGUUUUGUAG